UGUUACGUUACACUGUGCAAGUUUAGUGUUUUGAAAAAGGGUGUCUAACACCUUUCAAUCUGUCAAUCGGUAUCUACUUUUGAAAUGUUUCAAAAUUUAUUUGAAAUAAGUAAAAACAAAAUUUCAGAUGAGUCGAAAAUCUAAAUUUACGCCAAACUGUUUGGUACAUCCAAAUAGCACUCCUCGAAUCUAAUCGAUUUGUAAUCAUUUUAUGUAUGUUAGUACACAUGCACACAAAGUAAUACUUCUAGUGUAAUUGUUGCAUGUGCAGGCAGACUAAAGGGCUGGACAAUGCUUAUAGUCUAGCUUCUACAGUGACUCCCUGUGACAUUUACUGUACCAUUGAGAAACCAAGACAUUCAUCAAGAUCGAGAAGAAAACUGUGAUUGGACAAAGUAUUAGGUUUACACCGCUUACUGCACUAUACUCACACCAAAAACUGACAUCAUGAACAUGGAAGAUUAUCGGUGCUUAACUUCUGCCUGUGGUUUAUUACUUAUAAUUGCCAGUUUACACCAAAAUCGUUUGACAAUUUAUUAUUCCUCAUUUGAAACACGAGUUCCGUUGAGUCACUACACUAUUCGUAUUCGGAGAAAGUUGGCUCCUUAAAAACUUAAAAAUGCAAUGCAGGCUGACGUUUAUUAUCAUUGUUGGAAGUGAAAAGACACGUUUCAGCUAUUCAUUCGAUAUAAAACAUUUCAUUCGUGAGUAUAUUAUUCCUAAAAAAAUCUCCUUGCACGAAUGUGGGCAGAAGCAAUAGAUGAAUUAAAUGACGUUAAAGAAAAAAAAAGCUAAGGUAAUUAGCAUCCUCUUGCGCAAGCACAUAGUAAUGUGCGUCUCAGCAAGCUACACCUACCGGGUAAUUGACGGGCAGCUUUCUGUAAAAAAAAAAAUAUGAAAAAGGAAAAAAAAUCGGUUUAUUUAAAUAGACAGAUCGUGUCGUUUCGCUCCGCCCUUGUUUCUAGCGAUGCAAAUCUGCUCCGAUGAACUGCGCUGUCCGUCCCCUCAAACCGAGGUCCGACAAGACAAUCCAGCCAGACGCGCACACGGACUGGUAUCUGUAAGCCGGCGUCAAAUCCGAUUACACAUCAUCUCACAUGUGAUUUUCUUUUACCGUCUGUUCACUGGGUUCUUUUUGUACUCAGUUACGUGCAGGAUAAGCGUUUUUCCCCCUCGUGUUAUCUGCUUCAUUAUAUUUUGCUUUUAUUUCUAUUAAAAAGUUAUCAUUUGGUAAAAUUGACGAGCUUUUGGUUCAGUCGCUUUUUCAGGUUCAUUGGAGUAUUUGUUGCACCGCAUAAAAUAAUCCCACAGCAUAACUUUUAUAAUGAGGUUCGGCGGGAAAUUUUUUAUCCACUUCUUGUUAUAGCUUUAUCUAUUUUACCACAAUGUGAGAAGAACGCUGAAGUGUUAUGUAAGGUUAAUACAUUUUUUUACGCAGACAGAAAAUGCAGAAAAGUGUGAGAUACAAUGAGGGACAUGCUCUGUAUCUCUCAGUGGUUGCGCGGAAAGAAGGAACUAAGCGCGGAUAUCUCAGCAAAAAGACUGCGGAGAACAGCCGAUGGCACGAAAAGUACUUUGCUUUGUAUCAAAAUGUCCUGUUUUAUUUUGAAAACGACCAGAGCUCUCGACCAUCUGGGAUUUAUUUAUUAGAAGGAUGCACAUGUGAGAGGGUCCCAGCCCCAAAAAUGUCCACUGUGGGCAAGGAGACAAUGGACAAGCUGCAGUACAUCCUGAUUGUUUUUGGCCACGAUGGGCAGAAACCGCUGGAGUUGAGGACGGAGGAAGAGGUGGAGUGCGAGGAGUGGGUGGAGGCCAUACAGCAAGCCAGUUACUCCGACAUCAUCAUUGAACGUGAGGUCCUGAUGCAGAAAUACAUCCACCUGGUACAGAUUGUGGAGACUGAGAAGGUGGCAGCAAAUCAACUUCGGACUCAACUGGAGGACCAGGAUACUGAAAUUGAAAGACUCAAAGCAGAGAUCAUCGCCUUGAAUAAGACCAAGGAGAGAAUGCGGCCUUAUCGGAUAUGUCAAAAGGAGGAAGACCCAGAUAUAAAAAAGAUAAAAAAGGUCCAGAGCUUCAUGCGUGGCUGGCUUUGUAGACGGAAGUGGAAGAUCAUUGUUCAGGACUAUAUCUGCUCUCCCCAUGCAGAGAGCAUGAGAAAGAGGAAUCAGAUCGUCUUCAACAUGGUGGAAGCCGAAACAGAAUACGUCCACCAGCUCUCCAUCCUAGUCAACUGCUUCCUGCGGCCACUUCGCAUGGCAGCAAGCUCCAAGAAGCCGCCCAUCAGCCAUGAUGAUGUAAGCAGCAUCUUUCUCAACAGUGAGACAAUUAUGUUUCUUCAUGAAAUAUUCCACCAAGGCCUCAAAGCAAGAAUAGCCAACUGGCCAACGUUAGUCCUAGCUGAUCUGUUUGACAUCCUGCUACCUAUGCUGAACAUCUACCAGGAGUUUGUACGGAACCAUCAAUACAGCCUGCAGGUUCUAGCCAACUGCAAACAGAACCGGGACUUUGACAAGCUGCUUAAACAGUACGAGUCCAAUGCGGCCUGUGAGGGGAGAAUGCUGGAGACCUUUCUUACAUACCCCAUGUUCCAGAUCCCCCGGUACAUCAUCACGCUUCAUGAGCUGCUGGCCCACACACCUCAUGAACACGUGGAGCGCAAAAGCUUGGAGUUUGCCAAGUCGAAACUAGAGGAAUUGUCUAGAGUGAUGCAUGAUGAAGUUAGCGACACUGAGAACAUCCGCAAAAACCUGGCCAUCGAGCGCAUGAUUGUGGAGGGCUGUGAUAUUCUGCUGGACACCAGCCAGACGUUUGUGCGUCAAGGCUCUCUGAUUCAGCUGCCUUCUGUCGAGCGGGGGAAGCUCAGCAAGGUGCGCCUCGGCUCGCUGUCCCUGAAGAAGGAAGGUGAGAGGCAGUGCUUCCUGUUCACCAAGCACUUUCUCAUCUGCACCCGCAGCUCUGGGGGCAAGCUGCACCUGCUGAAACAAGGUGGCGUUGUGUCCCUGAUCGAGUGCACUCUCUUUGAGGAGCCUGACGCCAAUGAUGAUGAAUCCAAGAACACAGGCCAGGUUUUUGGCCACCUGGACUUUAAGAUCGUGGUAGAGCCGUCAGAUGCUCCAGCGUUAACAAUAGUUCUGCUGGCCCCUUCACGCCAAGAGAAAGCUGCCUGGACUAGUGAUAUCAGUCAGUGUAUCGACAACAUCCGCUGCAACGGUCUCAUGACCAGCGUGUUUGAGGAAAACUCAAAAGUCACCGUACCUCACAUGAUCAAAUCCGACACUCGCCUCCAUAAGGAUGACGUUGAUAUCUGCUUUAGCAAGACGCUCAACUCCUGCAAAGUUCCGCAGAUCCGCUACGCCAGCGUGGACCGGUUGCUUGAGAGGCUGACUGACCUGAGAUUCCUUUCCAUCGACUUCCUAAACACCUUCCUGCACACCUACCGCAUCUUCACCACGGCCACGGUCGUCAUGGACAAACUAGCUGACAUCUAUAAAAAGCCCUUUACCUCCAUUCCAGUCAGGGUCCAGUAUCAUUCAUUCGACCGUUUGUCCAUCACCUCCAUAUGUCCAGACUACAGCGGGAAGAUCAGGAAGCUUGCCUCGGAUCACUCAAAGUCUUUAGAGCUGUUCUUUGCUACCAAUCAGAAUAACCGCAGCGGGGAAUCCAGCAACGAGAAAUCGCCCCGUCUCUGCCGGAAGUUCUCAUCUCCACCGCCCCUCUCGAUCUCCUCACGCACCUCUUCCCCAGUACGUGCUCGCAAGCUGUCCCUGAAUUCACCUGUUGGCACCAAGGUGGGUGCCUUGGACCUGUCCACCACCUCCUCUGCAGCCAGCAGUCCCACCUCCGGCCAAUACUCUAUUGUAUCUCCACCACCUGGCAAUGCCAAGGCCCCCUUGGAUCUAAGUAGGGGGCCCACCUCACCCGAGCAGUGUCCAGGGACCCCAGAGGACAACGGAGAGCUGCCUCGAGCAGAUGCUUUUUGUGGGAAAAUGCGGCGUAGCAUCCGGAGGGCGGUGUUGGAGUCUGUGUCACUGGACAAGUUUAACCCAGAGACGCCUCAGGCCAGUGAACCGGGCGAUUUCUCCCCAUGCCAGUCUCCGUCUACACCCCGUCACCUCCGGUACCGGCAGCCUGGAGUGCCAUCAGGUGAAAAUUCCCGUUGUACUGUGUCCCCCGCAUCAGCGUUUGCCAUCGCCACGGCGGCAGCUGGGCACAGCAGCCCUCCAGCUUUUAGCAACUCAGAAAGGAUGUGUGACAAGGAUUUUAUUAUAUGCAGAGCAGCUACUAACAGAGUCCUGAAUGUCCUUCGUCACUGGGUCUCCAAACAUUCACAGGACUUUGAGAUGAACAGUGAACUGAAGAUAUGUGUGAUCUCCCUGCUGGAAGAGGUGCUGCGGGAUCCAGACCUGCUGCCCCAAGAGAGGAAAGCCACAGCAAACAUCCUCAGCGCUCUUUCUCAAGAUGACCAAGAGGAUGCACAGCUCAGGAUAGAGGACAUCUUACAAAUGGCGGAAUGUCCCAAAGUGGAAUGCUUUGAAUCGCUAUCCGCAAUUGAACUGGCUGAACAGAUCACCCUGUUGGACCAUAUUGUCUUCAGAAGCAUCCCCUAUGAAGAGUUUCUUGGCCAGGGAUGGAUGAAGGUGGACAAGACUGAGAGGACACCUUAUAUCAUGAAGACGAGUCAGCACUUCAAUAAUAUGAGUAAUCUGGUAGCGUCUCAGAUCAUGUCCCACACAGACGUGGGUUCCAGGGCGAGCUCCAUUGAGAAGUGGGUAGCGGUGGCUGACAUCUGCCGAUGCCUUAACAAUUACAAUGGAGUUCUGGAGAUCACUUCUGCCUUUAAUCGGAGUGCCAUCUAUAGGCUGAAGAAAACCUGGACCAAAGUGUGCAAGCAGACAAAAGCACUGAUGGACAAACUGCAAAAGAUAGUUUCAUCUGAAGGAAGAUUUAAGAACUUAAGAGAAACCCUGAAAAACUGUAACCCCCCCUGUGUCCCUUACCUGGGUAUGUACCUGACUGAUCUGGCCUUUAUUGAGGAGGGCACACCUAACUUCACGGAGGAGGGCCUUGUCAACUUCUCCAAGAUGAGGAUGAUAUCGCACAUUAUUCGAGAGAUUCGUCAGUUCCAGCAGACCCCAUACAAGAUUGAACACCAACCAAAGGUCACUCAGUACCUACUCGACAAAACCCUUAUUAUGGAUGAAGACACACUAUAUGAUCUGUCACUCAAGAUUGAACCCAGAUUACCAGCUUAGACAGUCUCUUCUGUAGGGCUCUGGCAAGCUGUAGGCGCUGUCGACUUGGCAGCUGCAUGAGUACUAUUUGUAUUGGAUGGGUAGAGGUUGCUGUCAGUGAGUCAUCUGGAAGACUAGCAUGUUGAGAAACAAGCAGAGUAAUUCAUAUGAAAUGCAGUGGCUAGACAAGAAGAAUGGCAGUGCUUGCAUUGUGAGUGCAAAGUGAAGAUCAGGAAGUAGAAAUGGCAUCUCACUGUUGCCUGGCUGCUUCAUUUGUGCUAAAUGGAAGGUAAAUGAGGCAACAGGAGCUGUUGCCAUGGAGACAGUGAAGACAAAAACAAUGUGAUUAUUCAUUCUGGUAGAAAUUAUGAAAGGAAAAAGUAAUAUAUUUAAAGUUAUGUAGCAUGUACAGAACUUCUCAGCACAUUGACUUUCUUCCUUACCGGUCACCCUUUAUUGACUCACAGUAGAUUACAGCUAUAAAGUCCGUGCUUUAUCCAAUGUUAAUAAGGAUCAAUUAAAGUUGGCAAAAUAGAGUAUUCUAACCACAGCUGAGUACAGCAUGAACAAACUUAGUGAAUUUUUAGUAUGCUUUAGAAAAACACUCUUUCUUUCCUAGUAGGCCUGUAUACUGUACUUGUUCAUUAUUGUAAAUUAUCAUGUGUUCAUAGGAAAUAAGGUUCUUCCAUGAUUCCAUGAAAUUUUAAAUUUUGCCUUCCUAAUUGUCCUAAUCUAUCUUCUGUCUUAAGAAUUUUUUGUUUUAGAGCCAGCUGCUCAUUGUAGCAGGCCAGAAUCUAGUUAAAAUGAAAGUAGAUAUUUGAGGUGCCUUUUAUUAAGAUGCAAGUAAAACACAUAUGUAUUAAUGUCCAAGAUUCUUUGCUUUUUCACGAUGAUGAUGGUGAUGAUUAUUAUUAUUGUCACUACUUAAAAUACAGAGCUUACUUAUGAUCUAUAUACAGUAAAUAUUUUUUUUUUUAAAAAAAAGCUAUCAUGACCAAUAACAUAUUUCAAGAGAUCACAAUUCAAAUCAUAACCAAUGCUUUUAGAAAUCAGUAACAUUCAUUGUGUUUGAAGUGAUGCACCUGGUGAUAUAUGUAGGUCUUGCCCUUUCACAAAUGCUGAGGAGUUCUGUUCAAUCUUGGACCUGUCAGUGGCAGCAGACAGGAAGGCAUCUGAGUGACCUUUCUCUGGAAGCCAUGGGAGACUCUACUGUAAAGUACAAAAUUAUGCCACGAGUUAAAGGGACCGCGGUAACUUUGAGCGAUUCACUUCCUUCACAGGUGAUUGCAAGCUCAGCUUAGAGGAAACUGUCUUAAUUGACAUUUUUUAAUUUACGCUGUAAUCUUUCUAUUUUCUAUUUAUGCUUGCUGUCCAAAUGGUAAUGACCGUAUGAAUGAGGUCACCAGUGUGUGUGGCUUAAAUGAGGAUUCUACACUGGGUUUCCAAGCUCGCUCUCCGUGUUGGUGAAGAGUUGGGUGGUCUGGAGGAGCUCAGUCAAUAAGAGUCAGCUGUGGUGGCUUUCGGUAUCAGGCACUUCAGACAUGUCCACUGGGCGGAGGUCCCGAGGCAGACCCAGAAUAUGCCUGAGGGACUGUAUCUCCCAGCUGGUUUGGGAACAUUUGGGAGCCCCCAGAAUGUGCUAGGUUCAGUGGCCUUGGAAGAAGAGGUCUGUCCUGAUCUGCUUAGCAUGUUACUCUCAUUGUCCACUAUUCAUUGUGGUAGGACUACCUAUAGUAAUGGCAGCUUAACAAGUGUGUUUGUGUAACAAUUAUUGCUUUUUGGUCCAAUAUAUAGAAAAUGGAACCUAUAUAUUGACUGAACCACUGAACAGUGAAGCUUUUUAAAUAUUUAUUUUUGUUUAAUUUUAAUAUUCGGUAUUUAUUUAGCAUCUAUUUAAGUUCACGGUUAAUAUUUAAUAUCUAUUACAAUAUUCAGCCCUGUCAGGUACUGCUGUUUAGACCCUUAAUGUUGAACUGGGCACUGUCUCAGUUACACUAUUGCUAAAUCCUAAAUCGUAGGCUCUUAAUCUUUCACCAACAUACCAAUAUUUAUAAUUUGUCUUUGAAAACUGCAGGUUUUUGCUCGUUUUGAAAAACACACCCUUUAAAUGCCUGUCACCACCAUUGCAAUAAUUAUUUUUUUUCAAUUUAUCUUAUUUCUGUCUUUGUGAAAAUUAUGUACCAUCUGUGUUACUUCAAAAUGGAGAAAUAGUCCUGACAUUUGGGUAUCAUAGAAAAUGCUGAUAAAAUGCCAUUUUAAAAUAUAUUUGUAUGGUUUGAGUAAUGAUUGGUAUGAUUGGUUAAUUUAUAGAAACAAACUGCAUGUAAUUAAUUGUAUGCAUGUAAGAAACAGUACAUUCAAAAGUCAGUGUAGGUAUUCUAGGUAACUACUGUGUCUUUCGUGUGUCUUUUUUUUUACAAAAAAAAAUGAAUAAUAAGAAGAAAUCGACAAAUUGUUGCAAUGCAGUUGCUUAUUUUUAAGAUGAUCAGAUUUACCGAGCUUUUGCUUAAAAUGUGUACAGUAAAAUAAAGGAAUUAGCUUGGAACAAUAAUGAAAACUGGGUAAAAGAAGGAACCAGAUGCAGAAGAGGAAGAAUACACUGGACAAUCUGUUGUCCUAAGUUAACCUGUGGGCUCCACCCCAAAAUGCUGAUUGAUGUUAAAGUAGUAUGAAAAUGACAAGAUGGAAAAUGGAUCAGGUAGGGCAUUCUCUGCAGCUUUGUCAAGUUUACAGAUUUUUUUUGUUCUUUUAAUGGUAUGAUAUUUCAUGCUUGUUUGUAUGUUACAAUAUUUUGUUAACGUUUGGAAUAUUUAAAAAAAUUAUUUGUAAAGACAUUUCAAACUUUUGCUUUGUGUCAUUAAUAUUUUCCUUUCGCUUUCUAUAACAAAAUGUAGCACAAAUACAAAGUGGAUUUUUCCUGAUGCCUGAUGCCAUGAAAUAGCACAGUGUGCGAAUCCAGACAUGUACUAUGCAUUACUGCAGAAACACAUAAGGCUGCAUGCUGUGCAUGUUCCCCCGUCAUACUUCCCACUUGAGCACAUGCCUAUGUACAUUUACUGUAUUAUAUCUUUUUUUCUUUGUCCAUUGACUGUUACAGAGGAUGUACAGCUAGUCUAUCUUAACUUUUUGCCUGUAUGUAAAAUAAAAUGUCUUUUCAGUUAAUUGGCUUUUCCCAUUUCUUUAAUUUUGUUUGGAUAUGCUCUUCUGUUUACUGUAGAGAGUAAUUAAGAUUGAUGCCCAUUUUGAGUUGCUCAGAUUUCAUCCUUUGUAAAAAAAACUGUCCGUAUUCGAGACGUGUUUGUGUCUUUGCAGUUUUGUGUUUGAAAUAAAUGACUGGAAGAAGAAGCGACAGCUCUAUGAGGAGGAAAUGAUGCACUGUUUCUAUGAGGAAAAUGAGGAGCAUAACAUCAGCAGUUUAGGAUAAGAACCAGCAUACAGUUGUAUGCAAAGUUUAUGGCACCGACUAAA